AUGUUCAUAAUGCCAGCUGCGCUGCACUAUCUCUUCACAGUUAUUUCCUGGUUACCGAGGUCAAUUCGCGAGACCAUCAUGCCCGACAUGCUCAUCCCUCCCAUAGCAAACCAUCCGCAAAAGGUACAACUUCGUCGAAUAAGUCAUGUAUACUUUGAGCACCCGGACUUGACUGUGUUCAAAGCCUUUGCAAAAGACUUCGGCUUCAUUGAGUCACAGAGUGACGCCGACAAGGUCUACUUUAGAGGAUACGGCAUAGAUCCUUACGUCUACGUCGCGUCCAAAAGCGCAGACGGGCACCCCAGAUUCCUAGGUGCCGCCUUCGUUGCCUCGUCCCGCGACGAAUUUGACAAAGCAGCGGCGCUUCCCGGCGCGGAACUGAAGUCCCUUGAGGAUGCUCCCGGCGGCGGCAGUAUGGUUACGUUCAAACGCCCAGACUCCACAUUUUUUCAUGUUGUUCAUGGGCAGACAGAACGGGAAACAGGCAAGGAAGAGCCAACAGCCACUCAUGUAUACCAGGGUGACUUUAACAAGCCCUUCAAUAAACCACGGCAAGGUCGGUUCCAAAGGUUCACCCCAGGACCAGCGCUUGUGCAUAAAUUAGGACACUUUGGCUACGUCGUGCCGGAUUUUGACAACGAGCUUGCCUGGUACACGGAGAAUUUUAAUUUCGUGCCGUCGGAUGUUUUAUAUCACUGGGACUUUUCAAACAUGGACGUGUUGACUUUUAUGCAUCUAGAUCUUGGUGAGGAGUUCUCUGAUCACCACUGUUUCUUUAUGCAGAGAGCGGAGCCGCAUGUGAGAAAGACCUUUGUGCAUCAUACAUCUUACGAAAUUGCCGAUUUCGACACGCAGCUUCUUGGGCACGACUGGCUUGCGAAAAAAGGCUGGAAGAGUGUUUGGGGUGUGGGCCGCCAUGUCUUGGGUAGUCAGAUUUUUGACUACUGGGCUGAUCCAAGUGGGUUUAAAAUCGAGCACUACGCGGACGGCGAUCUGGUCAACGCGCAUGUACCAACGAAACGAGAUGUUGUUGGCCCUUUCUCUGUUUGGGGACCGGAAGUCCCAAAGGACUUUGCGGGCAAGGGUGUUUAG